UCAGGAUAAGAUCGCAAACCUGCCUGAGCCACAUCAACCACUGGUAGUACAGUAGUGUGGUACCUUAAGCUCACUUUUGGUAUGUGAAGAGGCAGAAAAUUUCUACUUUUACGUCCACGCGAGAACCCCGGGCACGUCUUCAUUCGGCGACGACAACGUGGAAUUGCUGUUCGGCACAGACUCCAGAACAUGUAGAGCCAGUAGUGAUAGCAGAUCGUUACCAACGUGUUCAUCAUGUCCACCCUGUGUGCAUAAGAAAACAACAUUGUCUUCUUUGCCAGUGUGUCCAGAGGAUUUGAGGAGCUUGCCAUUUGGAAAAGGCCGUCCAGUAAUUGGGGAUUGACCUCGAUCGAUGAGAAACUGUGACUUGGUGUGUUGUACUGUACAGUCAGUGUUCAAGAGAGCUACCAGAGACUUGGUGAAUUGGAGAAAGUCCAAUUGUUAAGUACGAGUAACUUAGAGUUUUUGGAUAUUUUCCUUCUCGAGUGAAGAGUAGUCAAGACUUCCCAAUGGACUAAGUCAGUUUUGGCCGCGGCGAUGUUUUGAAAAACCCAAUUCUCUUGGGAGGCAGUCCAUCAUAGAUAGCGGAAUUGUGAGUUGACCUUUCCAAUAAUUGACCACGAGAAUGGCCCUGGAUUAUUUGACAUCCCCAGUACCCUCUGGGUUUGGCCUGAAAACCACCGUCUUCAAGCCAUCAACUACUCAGCCCAAUUUAGAACUUGCCUUGGAAAGUUUUCCAACAGAAAUGUACCAACUCAUCCAUAAAGACCCGCCGUCGUCGUCUUCUUCGUCGUCGGCAGAGCUCCUUGUUCCCUCCUUAACUUCAAAGACAAUGGAACUCAAUGACGAGCAAGAUAAGAGUCUGGCCACGUCCAGAUCGCUGACAACUACUUCCUCUGGUCCCACAAAUGGAGCCUCAGUACGUAACGAUAAUAAGGACAACGCCGAGUUCAGUCCCAGUUCCAGUUCCACGUACAGGUCCAGUGCCCAAGAGACCCCCGCUCUUAAAUAUGAUCCCUGGAAGGACAUCUUUCAACGCGGAGAUUUCGAGUCCAAUCUGCUGAGUGACAACAAGAAACUAGAUAGAUCCACCAUUGUUUAUUACGACAAGGAUGUGCCGUCCGAAUACUAUGAGGAGACUUCGGGGGAAUAUUACGACGAAAACCCACAAGAAUAUUACGAAGACGGAGAAGAGCCAACCAACGAGGCUCAACCACAAGGCCAACCACAUUCAAGACCAAACGAUCUGAGCACAAACGUAUCGGAAAAACCGAUCGACAAAUGGAAGAAGCCAAGGAAACGACAGCCAAUUUCACAACGUAGGAAGGACGGCACGCCUUACGAUUUUUUGGGACCAGAAGAUUACUAUGAGUACAAUAAUCCACAGUACGAUGGGAAUGCGAUCGACCGAUUUCAACAAGGAGGAGGUCGGCCACCCUUGGAUCAUCAAAUACAACCGUCAAUAACUCGCAGGGUGGCCAAUUUCAUUUUCAGCCCCUCUUUGCUCGGUCUGGUUGCUGUGAUAGGCAUACCAAGUGUGAUCAUUCUACUCUAUUGGCUCUUUGUCGAAAAUGGACCCACACCCGUAGUUCGAGCUCGCUCUGAGAAUGAGAACGAUCUCUUUGACGGACGAUUUGUUUUAAAGACCCUUCUCAGGUCUUUUGUGAGUAGUCUCGACUCCCUGAACUCCCACGAGGAGAUAGUCAAAAACUAG